AUGGCUUCGAAACGUUGUCCAGAAGACGGAGGUGAUGGCCCACAGAUCAAAAGAGCUCGUUUCAAACCACGAGAGAGUGCCGCCGGUAUUUCUCAAUACAUGGCAGGGAACAAACGGCCCGCGUUCACUGCGCGAAUGAAGUCCAGGUCAUUCGACUUCAUAGUUAAGGAAAUCGACUUGGCCGGUGAAGUUGUGCAACUUACGACCCUGGAGAACCCAGUCACGGCUGACGACACCGGAACGAAAGGUAUUGACCAGCAAUUAAAAGAUCGAUUGGAGGAAAUGAUGGCGAACGAAGACAUUAAGGCUACUGUCAGCGUGGACGUCGGGAGUAUGACGAAAGAACAGAGAACGCUCGUGCAUGUCUCCCUGCGGAAUGGAUACCCAUCCCUCCAGAGCGAGACGAAAGACGAUGAUGGGAAGAGGUUCAUAGUCAUCUCGAAGAAGAGCGCGCACAAAGGCGAAAGAUUACGAUACUAUUGGCCGACCGGUAGGCCGAAUCAUACGACUUUCGUGCUAUACAAGGACAAUACGGACACUAUGGAGGCCAUAAAUGCUAUAGCUGGUCUCACGAGAACGAAACCUUCCGUCUUCUCUUACGCGGGCACGAAGGAUAAACGAGCCAUCACUACGCAAAGGGUUUCUGUAUAUCGUAUGAAGCCUGACUAUCUCCUAGGCAUCAAUAAGCGGAACGAAAAGUUCAAGAUAGGAAAUGUGCAUUUCGCUCAGAAACAAAUACAAUUGGGAGAACUCACAGGCAACCGGUUCAUCAUAACUCUGAGAGAUGUCAAAGGGGGAACGCAAGAAGAGAUGAGAGCAGCCCUGGAGAAUCUUCGGAAAGGCUUCAUCAAUUAUUUCGGGCUCCAGCGAUUCGGAACCACCAGUAUUCCUACUCAUGACAUAGGCAAAAAAAUGCUGGCAUCCAAGUGGGCCGAAGCUUGUGAUCUCAUACUCCGGCCACGCGACGGUGGUCGACCGCGGCGGGACUUGGAUGCUGCGCGGGCUCUUUGGAUGGGAACGAAGGAUGCUAGUAAAUGUUACGACCUGUUGACGACUCGAGGCUCCCAAACAUCUCUUGAAGGACAUCUCCUGGCUGCUUUGAAAAAAGACCCCGGGAACUUCCAGUCGGCCCUCUUCGGUCUUCAGAAGAACACGCGCCUAUUGUAUAUUCACGCUUAUCAGAGCUUCAUCUGGAACAGUGUCGUUUCAAGGCGUUUAGAGAUGUUCGGAGCGAAAGUCGUGCUCGGAGACCUGGUUCUGCCACCUGAUUCCAAGGAGGACGGAGAUAGAGCACCCGUCGAAUACGUCACGGCGGAAAACAUAACACGCUUCACCAUAUGGGACGUUGUUCUACCCCUGCCCGGCUUUUCCAUAAAGUACCCGGAUAACGAGCAGGCUGGAUGGUUCAUCGAUAUCGUCAAAUCCGAUGGAUUCGAAAAUUUGGACUGUUUCAGUUCCAACAACAAAUCCUUUGCCAUGCGUGGGACAUAUCGCAAAGUUUACUGUCUUCCCAAAGACCUGGACUUCGAGAUCAAAAGCUACACUAAUCCCAAUGAGCCACUGGUAGAAACUGACUGGGAUGCUCUCCUCAAAAAAGACGAGAAACUCCGAGAGCUUGAGACAAGGAAGAUUCAGGUGAAACAGGACCGACGGGAGAAAGAGAGAGCAGCGCAGUUGAAGAACGGAGAGGAAAUUUACGAGCGAAAGAAACCGGCUCCUCCCGCGGACGGGAAGGUGGACUCGGAGGAAAAAAUCGGCGUAGUACUUUCUUUCAGUCUGCCUGCAGCUUCCUAUGCGACUAUGCUAUUGCGAGAGUUCCUCUCAAGUGACGAGGAGAUGGAAGGAGAAGAAGAGAAGACGUCUGUCGAGAAAGAAGCUGGGUGUCCCGUCGAAGACGAGGAGGUCGACGAUGAGGAUGUAGUUGACGCCUGUUGA